ACAACAACAGCAGCUCUGAAUUCAUGACAUGGCAACAAAAAUCAUCUACUUCACAGUGAACGGGAGACCGGAGCGGGCCGAGUUCCCCCUGGACUGCCCGGCCCAGGAUGUGAAAGAUCUGUUCCGCUCUGCGGCCGAGGCGGGACCCCACGACAUCCUGAAGCUCUACAACCCCAAAGGCAGCAUCAUCAACAUCUCCCCGAAUCUGGAGCCCAACAGCCCGAACUCCUGCUACAAGCUUGAGGUUGUGGCCGCCGACUGCAACAGUGAGCCGUUAGGUGCGGAGCUUGCCGGUGCACUCGGAUUUGACCUCUCAUCCAUGGAGAAAAGGCUGCAGGGUCUGGAGAAGAAGAUCUUGUUCGAGGCCAGUGAGACUCCUGCAGUCGUGUAUGAGAUGAAGAAACAGGUGGAUUCGUUCCGGGAGAAACUAGAGAGCGUGGAGCAUCUGAGCUGGCUGGGAUUGUUUAAAGACCUGUCGGAGGGAACGCACAAACCCUCGCCGUUCUACCACAAGAGAACACUGCAUAAAACCAGGAAGGAGUGUGAGCAUGUGCGGGAAAAGUUCCUCCAAAUGAGCUCCCUGGAGGUAUCAGACGAAGUGAGGCAGUACUUAAAGACCCCAACCUUCGAUAACUGGCAGUGGGAGGACGCAGAGAUCAUGGUGCUACUGCAGGUGAUGUACACAGAUUUAGAUUUCAUAGCAAUGUUCAACAUCGAGCCUGAAGUCCUGCAACAGUUCCUGUUCGAGGUCUACCGACGAUACAACAACAUCCCUUUCCACAACUUCAAACACUGCUUCUGUGUCACCCAGAUGAUGUACGGGUUGAUCUGGCUGACCGACCUGAGGAGUAAGAUUGACAGCGUCGACCUGCUGAUCAUGUUGACCUCCGCCGUCUGCCACGACCUCGACCACACGGGAUACAACAACGCCUAUCAGAUCAAUGCUCGGACUGAACUCGCUCUCCGCUACAACGACAUCUCUCCGCUGGAGAACCACCACUGUGCCGUGGCCUUUGAGAUACUGGAGAAGACAGAGAGCAACAUCUUCAGGAAUCUGUCCAUGGAUCAGUACAAACGGAUACGAGAAGGGAUCAUCAAAUGCAUUCUGGCCACUGACAUGACGAGGCACAACGACAUCCUCAACAAGUUCAAGUCCAUCCUGCCGGCCUUUGACUUCACCAACAAGGACCACAGAGACGUGCUGAUGAUGAUUCUGAUCAAAGUGAGCGAUAUAUCCAACGAGGCGCGACCCAUGGAGGUGGCCGAGCCCUGGUUGGACUGUCUCCUGCAGGAAUUCUACAACCAGAGCGACGUGGAGAAGCUGGAGGGCCUCCCGGUCACCCCCUUCAUGGACCGGGACAAAGUAACCAAACCGUCAUCUCAAACAGGCUUCAUCAGAUUUGUCCUCCUGCCUCUCUUCAUCGAGCUGGCCAACCUCUUCCCCUGCUUGGAGCAACACAUUAUCGACCCGGUGCGGAAGGCUCUCGAUUACUACACCGAGAUGGAGAAAGCGCUGGAGAGGGAGAAACAGAACCGGGCUCAGAGCGAGAGCACGGCCAAGAGUAAGGAGGCCGCCGACGGCCACGCGGAGGCCGGACCCGAAGCCUCGAAACCGGACACACAGUGAACCACGGUGGACGUCGAAGAACUCAACUAUCUCAGAUUGUAUAACGUAAAACUUCAAUUAAAAGCCCCGGGCUUUUAUUAAAGUUACCACAAUAAAACAGAGAAAGAGUUUUAAACCAUUCAAGACUUUACUUGUCGUACAUUUAAAAGUGAGCAGUGGAGGUUUAUGAAGUAAAUUUAGAACAAAGUUUGGAACAUUUCUGAGUGUUAAAUUAAUUAAUGUGAUUUUUUAAAGUGAGUUGCAACUAAGUAAUUAUUCUAUUAGCCGCAACAUUUAAUACUAUAAAAAAAAUUCUUCUGGUAAACUGGGGUGCCAAAAACUACAACUAACAAGUAAAAAUACAGUAAAAUAGUAAUUUUCUAUAAUUAAAAUACAGUUUUUAGCUUUAAUUUGACAUUUUUAAUGUUUAAUUAAAGAUAUUUGUACAUGUACAAACAAUGAAAUGAGCUAUAAAUACAUAUCUAUAAUAUAUAAAAUUUACAGAAAAGUGCUGUUAUUAUUUGAUUUUUUCUUAUUUUAAAAGUUAUAGAACAGUAAUAAAAGUCAUUAUUUGUGAAAUUACAGUAAUUAUUAAUGUUUUCACUGAUAAAAACUGUAUUUGGACAGUUUAUCAAUGCUUAUACACUGAUAAACAACAUUUAUUCAACAUUAUUAAUGCAAAAACUUCCCUAAUUAUACAAGAUAUCUGUUAAUUAAGAAACAAAUCCAUGUAAAAUUAC